AAUGGCGACAUACAUGUGCAGAGUUUGCCGGGGACUGAGAAACACGUUAAUAAGGAAACCCUGGAAUUGGACAGAGGUUUCACCAAAGGCGUUUACUGUUGUCUACUUGCAGUCCAGACACUACGCUGACUCUAGUGUGAGCUAUGAGGAUAAGUCGUGGCUAAAAAAGAUCCUGCAUGGCAGUGGACCAGCUGCUGAUGUAGAUUUACCUCAAUCUGAGGUUGAUGCAGGUGAAUAUAUGGCAAUACCCACUGUAGAAGAAAAGCCAUUUGUAAUUAAAAGCCCACAGUCUUUAAAAAGGGCAUACAGACCACCAGAUAAUUUGAUGGAACAAAUGGAAUCCAUUUCAAAAAAAUUGUGUCCAGAUAGUGAGGAUUGGAGAACAGUCAGUCUCCUUGAUUCAACUCUCAAAUACAAGGUUCUCACAGCGUGUCAAGAAACGCUUCAUCACACACCGACAAAUUACCAAUUGAAUGAACUCCAAACCAUAAAUGAUGUUAUCACAUUCUACCAAACUGAAGUCAAAGAUACAAACAAGUUUGAUGAACUCAGUCAACAAGAUUUGCCGAAAAAUCUGAAGAUUAACUGGGAAUAGAAUUGAAAAACUCAACUAUAAAUGACAUAUGAUUCAUUCACUCGUAUAGUUAGUUUGUUUGAUAAUAUCAAGGAAUGUACUAUCAAUAUCAGAGUGCCAUUUUGGAUUUGAAAGAAAAACAGAAUGACGUCUUUGUAAACCAACCUACAAAUGUGUAUAUGCUACUAAAAAUAUGUGACAUACCAUGUGUAUGCAAAACGCAGACAACAUUGUAGACGAUGAAGUUUAGUACUUUCAUUAUGGCGUUUCAGUGAUUUGUAGUGAAUGACAAAGAUCCAUGACUGUAUCAAACCUGACAGCAGACAUGUGCAAGUAUUGGAAGACCACCAGUCUGUCAUAUUAAAGAAUUCACAAAACCAUUGG